GUUGAGACGAAAUGUCAAGUCAGCUAUAUGUAUAUUUUUUUGCACAAAAGCUUCUAAGAUAUAUUGUUGCAUUUUUACCACAAUUCAAUAUAAAAACCAGAUUUCGAAGUUAAAAAACAAUCAUAAAUAUAUAAGCAAGCAUCCCAUAUAUUAUUUGACAUAGUGGGGAUGGCACUCAGCCUCAGCUUUCGCUCCAGCUAUUCACAGACGAUUUCAGCUCCUGUGUUCUUGCGCCACGCCGCGUCUCAGUUCGACUAAAUAAUCCCUUCCGCAGUCUCCAAAAUGGAUUCUUUCAAAUUAAUUACAUUUAAAAGUAACUGCCGAAAAACGAAAACCGCUGUCAAAUUGCGAAAGACGUAAUCUGCCAUCAGAAUCAACCUUGCCGCAGAGAAGCGAACUUCGCGACGUGAAAUCUUCAUUGUAUAUUGAAGCUGCGUACGAGUCGGAGCUUACCUCGUACGCAUGCACGCGUGCCUCUAUUAUAUUUUAGCUAUAGAACGUCUGACAGUUGAGUUGGCAGGCGGCUGUACUCAGUUUCGCAAGUUUCGCAGCGCAAGGUGGUUGUAAAUAUCAGGGAACGGAUAUGGUGUGCAAAGUAGAUUUCCAGAACCCAGAGGGGUUACCUCUUCAUGAAUUACACUUUCUUAUAAAAGAGAACGGAGUACAACUAAAAGUGCCAGCUUUGAAUAAUCGUUGGGUAAAGCCUAGAUGUUAUACCAAAUUUCAUGGAAUUCCUUUGGAAAAUGGAAAACUCUCUAAUCAAGUGCUUAUCGAUGAAUGGUUACAUGAGGCGGAGUGGUUUUGUAAGGACCUGGAGCAACUUUUGGGUCUUGAGCAUUUCCGGUUUUGGUCUACACUCGUUUAUGACCCAAAAAGUGUUGAGUUAAUUAUAUCAUUUUUACAAGAAGCAAUACCACAUUAUAUUCCAGUGAAUUCGAUAUGCUGCGAUGAUAAUGUAGUAUCACUUUAUACGAAAAUUCUUGAUAAAGUUUUAAAAAUUCUCUGUCGCAUGAUCACUAACAAAGAGUCAGAAACAGAAUGGAUUAGAAAACAGGACCUCGGAAAAAUGCUAUAUUCUAAAUUUAUAAUAUCAGUUCCCAUGAUGUUCGACAUAAUUGUGGCAUAUGGGCGAUCAAAUAUAAACGUCCUAACGAAAAUCAUUCAGACAAUUUUCAAAAUCGAACCAAAAUAUAAUGAAGAUCUAAAGCUCGGCUUAAAAUUUUUGAAAAACGCCUUCAAAACUAUCCAAGGCAAAAUUGAAAAUGAAGGACGGGAAGAAGGGACUGAUCUCCCUACCUUAUUUGACGAUUUAGCGCUUUACUCCCUCGAUUGUGCCAUCACAGUAUGUUUGUUGUUGGAAACAUAUCCUGAGGCCCGACGAUUUUGUAGCGAUUUGAACAUGGACCUGUGUAUAGCUCAUUUUUAUGAUACUGGAAUUCCACUUCUGUAUAAGAAUAUUUCAUUAAUUGACAACACAUCAAAAAGUAUAGGCAUAUUGAAUUCCACUAGGAUGGAACUAUUAAAAGCAUUUCGCCAUAUUGUUUACAUGGAUAUCGACAAUAUUAUUAUGAAGCCAUCCGAGAGUCUAAUACCAGCUGAGCAUUUUAUUGCAAUACUUACGGAAUGUUUGUCAGAAAGGACAUUUGUUGUUGAUUACCAAAAGUAUUUUCCCAUUGGAAGUGAUAUCGAAAUACUGCAGCAGGCUUGCAAGGAGUUAGAUUUAUUCAAGGUUGAUUUUGUCCUCCGAGCUUACACAUCUGAAUCACAAUCUUAUUUUGUGGAAUCACCGGAAAAAUAUUCACUCGUGGAUGAAUCAAUAGAAGAUUAUAGUGGAGAACCAUCUGAAAUUAUUCAAGUUGUGAACAAUGAAGAUUUCCCUCGUAAACGCAACAUAACCGAGGAAGUUAACCAAGUUUUAGAUUUGCUUCCCCACUUGGGUGAUGGCUUUAUUCAUCGUGUCCUAGACAGAUAUAAUAGUCCAGAAUCAGCAGUAACGGCAAUAUUAGAAGGCAAUCUUCCGCCCGACCUUGCAGAUGCUGAUCAAACGGAAGUUUAUAUUCCGCCUGACAUUCGCGAUCAGAUUUACUUGGAAACUGGAAAUCAAAGACUUAACAUCUACGACGGCGACAAAUACGAUAUCAUGACGCAAGACAAUCCCGAAUGUAUCAUUAAAACUGGUAAAGGGUUUCCGGGACAGCCAAAAACCGCCAAACAAUUAUUAGACGAUAAAAGUUACGUACGGGAAAUGAAAAGUCGGUAUCAAGAAUAUAGCCUUGUGGAAGAGGACAAAGAGUAUGAAGAUGAAUACGACGAUAGUUACGAGGCAUUAGCGGAUAGUGAGACAAAAAGCAAAAAGAUGGCAUCAGCGAAUAAUGUGAUAGCGGAUGAAGUGGACGAUGACGAAAGUGAAGGAGAAUUAGUAGAGAGUAAAACUGAAACUGAUAAGCAAACACAACGCGAUAAAAGCAGAGAUUUUUGUGAAAACCCCGCUGACAUUCGUGCCAGAUACGAAGCUAGACGAAAUAUGUUUCUUCAAAAAAGGCCGGCAGCAUCGGAAACAAAAAAUGUGGCUGGAAGCACUAAAGGUCAAGGGCAAGAUAAAAGUGUGUUAGCGAACAGGCGAAAAAAAGAAGCAAAUAAAUCUUCCCGCGCUAAUCACAAUCGAAAAUCUGGGGCAUCGUGGAAGCGGAGUCGAGGAAUGAUUCCGUCUUAGAGAAUUAAACGAGGUUGAGAAAGAAGACAAUUGUUUCUACCAGAAAUUUCAUUAUACCAUAUUUAUUAGAUGAGGAUGAAUGUUAUGAAGUGCAGAGAGAAAUUUUCAUGUAAAAACUUUAUGUAAACGAAAAAUGUUCAAUUAUUUUUGCGCCAAUUCUCAUUUUGGAAAUCUGAUUCCUUAUUUUUAUUAUCAGGAUACCGCUCAAGAUUGAUUACUAGUUACACCAUAUGCGACCAAAUUUUCUCGUUGGUUAUAACGGCAACCAAUGAUUCGGUUUUGUAUGAAAUUUGUUUAGUCUUAUAGCACUCAAGUAAAUAUCAAACUCUGGAAAAUGUGAUAAAUUCUACAAUUUUGUGAGCACCCAGCUUCCCAUAUAUGUAUGCACCAGUAAGCGGGAAAGAGGAAUUUGGUUUGGUCAGGAUAAGAAUGAUAACUAUAUCUUGAAGUUUGAAAGUACAAGGGAGUAAUACUUCGAUUUUUUUUCUAUGCACAACUAAAUGCCAACACAUUGGAAGUUCCUCACAUAAGUAAAAGACAAAACCUGUACUCCUAAUUAAUUUCCGGUUUUUUCCAUAGAUGGCCUUCUAUGUUUUGUGUCGCUGUUGGUCACACAUCCCUGUCAUUUUGUUUAGUUGUUGUCGAGUGUCUAAACUGCGUUGACGUUUCUCCAAAAAGUUCCUCCAGCAAGUUUUUAUUGCGCGGCAAAAAUGGCGUUCCUAACGAAUUUCGAAUAUAAGCUUGCAGAUAAAUUGGGGGUUUAACAGCAAGCAAUUUCGAAACGUCUGCGAGUCAUGGGAAAAAUUCAGAAGUGUGGGAAGUGGCUGCCGCAUGAACUGACAUCGACGGCAAGACCAAAUCGUUAUGGUCGGAAGGUCAUACUGUGUGUGUGUGGUGGGACCAGACCGGUGUGAUCUACUUUGAACUGCUGAAACCAUCCGGCUUACCCACCAGACCUGGCCCCAUCGGAUUACCACCUCUGCCUCGUUGGACCACGCACUUUCUGAGAAGCGCUUCGACACCUACGAAAAUUUGUCAAUUCUACUAGCGUGGUAUUCACAAAUUACCAGAAAGAUAGGAAAAGUGUGUAGAAAGGGAUGGAAAACAUUUCGAAUAAAAUAACUAUUACGGUUCCCUUGGAA